CAGGUGCUGUUUUUUUUUAAAAAAAAAUUAAAGGCAUCACGUUUUUUUCUUUUUUAAUCCGUGACUCUUUGUUUUUAUGAAUCAAAACUGAGUUUGUUUGUCUCUGUUUGCAAAAACCAGAACCGUCCAAUUGCUAAAUUCUAAAAUCAGUAGGUUUCGAGUCACCUCGUUUAACUCAAUUUUGUUGUCAUCCAUUAAAGCUCGAUACAAGGUUGAUUCAUGGAUUAAAAGAGGAAAAAGUACAGGUCGCAAAAGGAUCGAAGAGAGAAGAUGGAGAAGAAAUCAAAUGUUGUUUGUACGGUUUGGCAUUAGAGAAAUUUAUAUAUGUUUUUAAGUGAUAUAAUUAAAGAGUUUGGCAUAUGUACGAACAGCUGGUGUGUUUUCAUUAACUAAUCCUGUUAUUGCUACGACAAAUUGAGCACAUAUUCAUCGAUUCGACAAUGUCGGUGUUCUCUCCUUGGGAUUUGCCGUUGCCGUAUGCUUCAAACCACUCGAAUCUUCAAUGCUUUCUUCGGUGCAUCACUCCCGUUGUUCCUACUCGAUUGCUACCUAAGAAAUGUAAUGAAGAUUCAAAUGGUGGCAAUUUGGAAACAAAUGAGAAAGAAAGAGAUGAAGAAGGGUACAGUUUGAGUGAGGUUUGGGAGUCAUAUAGCGAGUGGAGUGCUUAUGGUGUUGAUGUCCCAAUUGUGUUGAACAAUGGCGACUGUGUCGUUCAGUACUAUUCUCCUUCAUUAUCAGCUAUGCAAAUAUACACUUUCAAACCCUUUUCUUCCUCAUUCGGAGGGCUGGGAAACAUGGUGAAACCUGAAAACGUCUCUUGUUGUAAUGAUGAUGAUGAUGAUGAUGAUGAUGGCGGCGGCGGGAGCGAAAUUUACAACUCCUCAGCUUCAAGCAAUGACUCGUGUUUGAGUUCCGAGGCAGCUUGGGACGAGGAUUCCACUCAAACAAAUACAAUGGAUCAAUGUGGCUACUUGUACUAUCAAUACAACGAGAUGGCGAGUCCUUAUGAUCGAGUUCCCCUUCAAGUAAAGAUGAAUGAGUUGGGCAAACAUUAUCCGGGUUUAUUUGAUCUUCGGAGCACCGAAAUUUCACCUUAUAGUUGGAUGGCUAUAGCUUGGUAUCCAGUGUAUCAAAUUCCAAUGGCAACGAAUGUGAAAGAACUGUCGGCAUGUUUCCUUACCUACCAUCCAUUGUCAGGUUCAAGAACAGGCAGCAACAAAGAAGAAAUUUCACUCCCUCCAUUUGCAGUGGUUACUUACAAGCUGUUUGGAACAUUGUGGAUCAACCCUGAAACAUCAGACAAGGACACCAUUAUAUGUCAACAAACAGCUGCUUGCAAUUGGUUGAGACAACUUCAAUUCCAGCACCAUGACUUCAACUUCUUCAUGUCUCGUCAGUUCCAAAAUCCCUAAUGUUAACCCUAGUCAUAGUUUCUUUUUCUUUUUCUUUUUUACAAAGGAGGCCACAAUUCAAGAGAUCGAUUAAGAAUUGCAUUCAUAAGCAUUUUAGGCAUUUCCACAGUUUUGUUUUACCAGUAAUCUUGGGGUCAGUAACAAUGGAUAAAUGGGGUUUGGAUUCUGUAUGUAUAAUAUAUAUAUAUGCAUAUAGAUAGUGAAAGGUUAUUGCUGUUUUAAGUGAAAAACAUUUCCAGUUCAAUACCAAUGAAACAAUAUCUUUCUAUUGAACUACAA